CUAUUGGCUAUAUGCUAAUUGCCCUGCCUAUUGCUCUAGGUUACGACCCUUCACGAGUCGAUCCGUACCGAGGGCUCGGCCUCUGUCCGAUUGUGGCGCACCGUCCAGGAAAACUAUCAAAAAGGUUGCGCCGCCUCGCGACCGCGUACUUCUUUGAACUCACCACCUGAACCAUACAUCGACUUUCGAGCCGAAUUCGCAGGUCAUCAUGACUGAUUACGCGCAAUAUCAACAACCCCAUCACGCGCACGCGUCCGCGCAUAUGCAGAAUUAUGGCGCGCAAAACCCAGGAGCCGCGAACCCAUCCAUAACAUCGCCCACCCAGCAACAGAUGCACUCCUAUCCACAAACCUCGCCAAUCCUACCGUCACAGGGAAACCCAUACUCUCAAGGCGGAGCGAGCGCCCAGCACCAUCAGCAGAUGAAUUAUCCCCAGACUGGCUACAUCCCCCCGGGAAUGCACCAACAAUAUGGAAUGUCACCCACGCAAGCGGCAGCUAUGGCCACGGCAGCAGCCGCCGGUCCAGCCGGCUACUACGACCAAAACUCUUUGCAGGGCCAGCUUGAUCCUCGAGCGUCUCCACGAAUGUCGGCCGGCGCCAUCAAAACUGAUGGACGCGUUGCACCUCGUUCCCCUACCGCGGUCUCAAACCCCAUGAGUGCCGGUGGACUUGCCUCACAAGUUCAGAUGACCCCUGGGCAACAGCAACAACUUGCACAGCAGCGCCGCAUGAGCACACAAGUGGGAAGCCCAAUGCAGCAGCCGCAGCCCGUGAUGAGCCACGGCGGUGCAAGGCCAUCUGUUGCUCCUCAGAUGCCACAACCUCCCCAGCCACACCAAUCCUCGCCAGAAGCCAUAGGUGGCGCACCUGCCGAAGAAGCUCCACUCUAUGUCAAUGCUAAACAGUUCCACCGAAUUCUGAAAAGAAGAUUGGCCCGGCAGAAGCUUGAGGAUGCCCUCCGGCUGACUUCGAAAGGUCGGAAGCCUUAUCUCCAUGAAUCAAGACAUAAUCAUGCGAUGAGGCGCCCACGUGGUCCCGGUGGCAGGUUUUUGACCGCAGAUGAGGUCGCCGCAAUGGAGGCCAAUAGCAAACCCGGUGGCGAGGGAGAGGACGGCAACGAUAAGGAAAACACUGAUGCCCCGGCCAAAUCGGCCGCCGCCCAGCCCAACUCAGCAAAGCGAAAGGCGUCGACAACACAGCUCAAGGGAACUUCGUCCACGAAGAAGCCUAAGACUGGUGGAGCAGUCCAGCGGCCCAGUACAAGCGAGGAAGAGGAAGAAGACGACGAGGAUGACGCAGACGAUGAUGGUUGAACUCGCUGUCCGUGAAGAUGAACUCCUCAUUCUUAUUACUUGUUUAAUCCCGCCAUAUCAUUCUCCUCUUCUACCACUGAGUUAUUUCACGAUUUACGAAGCGACUGUUACUUGGGCUCGUCUGCAUGUUGAAACCACUGCUGUCUUGCCUUGCACCCAGAUCCUUUCCUAACUACAAAUUGAUAUCGAACUACGUUGAUAUUCUGGCGAUGGGCUAGGUCGGGCCGACAUGGUGCCAUAUACGGUUAAGGGAUGGACGGUUCAUGGGGCGACAGCCACCCAAUUGGUUGGAGUUUCGAUGGUCACUGGUGGAUUGGGUAAAGAGGCGCCUUGCGUCUCG